AGAUCAGGAGGGAGGGAAGCUGGUGAAGCCACGGAUAUUCAUGAGAACGGAGAGUGUGUGUGUUUUUUUCUCUCUCCUCUCACUGUGGUGAUACACUGCAAUGUCUCCAGACAGACGGGCAGAGCAGGAGCAGAGAAGACAGGAGGAGACAAGUGGAAACAAGACGGAGCCCAGCCCAUCUUGCCAUUGAUCUUCAGGCGAUCAAGGGAGACACGCUCAAGCAUGCCUGCAUAUCAAAUCAGGAGUUGUGGCAUUUAGACUUCCCAAAUGAAGCAGCAAUGUCCUGAAAGAGCUUCCAGGCAGAGGUUGGAUACAAGUGACCCUUCUCAUGGUGGAAAAGCGACCUGAAGUGAAGAAGAGGCCAGAUACUACAUGUUUUUUGGAUCCUGCACUGUUGGAAAUUUAUUUUUUGGGGGGAUUACCAUUUGGAAACCAUCAUGUAAAAAGACAUGCAAGAUGGAUUCCUAUUUCAUGGAAUUUGGGGAAAUACUUCCUUUUGUGUAGCAUCAUCAUGAACUUUAAAAGGGAGAUCCCAGAGGCUUGUCUGACCAAAGGAGAGAUGGGGAUUGUUUUCUGAUUUGUUUUUCCCAUCCACCUUUUAACUUUUGGCAAUAUAAACAUCUUGCAACAACACAUCACUAUCAUCUGACUGUGGAGUCUCUGAGGGUCACAUAAAUGCUCCGUCAGUGUUUUACGUAGGUGGGACAUCUGAGUUCGUCCGUCUGACGGGUCAAGGGCGCUGUUGGCUGGCUGAGUCAGCGCCAAUGGGGGCCGGUUUUGACCUGGUCUGACCCCAGUUUGAGCUUGCAGUGACCUUUGACCUCUCCGGUCCUGGCUCUCCACCUGCUCUGCUGCCUGGGUUCCGGAACGCUCCGCCCUGGGGCCCAGAACGAGCCAAUCAGAAUGAAGAAGAGCCGCAGCGUGCUGUCGGUGACUGGAGAAGAGGGUAAUGACUUAGAAGUAACAGAUGUUGUGGAAAAGGCGGAGUCAUCUCGCUACAGCCGAUCGUACACAUCUGGGGCCACGCUGGGGGCCGAGCUACGCAGAGGGAGGAGCAGAAGACUCUCGCCCAGUCUCCAGGUACCCUGCUGGCUCCGCCCCCGAGAUCGCACCCGCUCACCUGACAUCCUCAGCAAUACGUCACGUCCCACGUCUCUUCCUCUUCGUAUUCCUCCACGCAUAUCUAUCACACAAGCAGAUGCCGACAGUUAUGAAGCAGAAAAUGGCGUGCCCCAAGGCUACACCCCUGUGGGCUCCCAGAGUCCAAGCCUCACCUUGAACACCUCCUUCCCUCAGGGCCAGAGAAGAGAGUCCUUCCUGUAUCGCUCGGACUCGGACUACGACAUGUCACCAAAGACGGUUCCCCGUAACUCAUCCCUUGCCAGUGAGGGGCACACAGCGGAGGACUUCAUCGUCACACCAUUUGCUCAAGUUCUAGCCAGUCUACGAUCAGUACGAAGACAUUUCACCAUUCUUGCCAAUGUCUCCACUCCAACAGUCAAGAGGUCUCCUUUAGGUGGAGUGUGUGUCAGUCCCAGAGCAACACUAUCAGACCAGCAGUACCAGCAGCUCGCCCUGGACACACUGGAGGAGUUGGACUGGUGUUUGGACCAGUUGGAGACCAUUCAGACUCAUCGCUCAGUUAGUGAAAUGGCUUCCAAUAAGUUCAAAAGAAUGCUGAACAGAGAACUCUCCCAUUUAUCAGAGAUGAGCCGCUCUGGGAACCAAGUAUCCGAGUACAUCUCCAGCACCUUUCUGGACAAACAUAACGAGGUGGAAAUCCCGUCUCCGACACUUAAAGACAAGCCUAUGAGUCACAUCAUUGGGGUGAGGAAACUGUCUCACAGCUCCAGCCUCUCCAGCGCCUCCAUGCCUCGCUUCGGCGUCAACACGGACUACGAGGAGGAACUUGCUAAGGAGCUGGAGGAUCUGGACAAGUGGAGUUUUAACAUAUUCAGAGUAGCAGAGUUCUCCAAUAACAGACCUCUUAGUUGUAUCAUGUACGCCAUCUUCCAGGAGCGGGAGCUCCUGAAGACAUUUCGUAUUCCUGCUGACACUUUUGUCACUUAUGUGAUGACCUUGGAGGACCAUUACCAUGGAAACGUAGCAUAUCACAACAGCCUCCAUGCUGCAGAUGUCACCCAGUCCACGCAUGUCCUUCUCUCCACACCUGCUCUGGAUGCCGUCUUCACUGAUCUGGAGAUCCUUGCCGCUCUGUUUGCCGCAGCUAUUCAUGACGUAGAUCACCCUGGAGUUUCAAAUCAGUUCCUUAUCAACACCAACUCAGAACUAGCACUGAUGUAUAACGACGAGUCGGUCUUGGAGAAUCACCACCUCGCUGUGGGCUUCAAGCUACUGCACCAGGAGAACUGUGAUAUCUUCCAGAACCUCACCAAGCGGCAGCGCCAGAGUCUCCGCAAGCUCGUCAUCGACAUGGUGUUGGCUACAGACAUGUCCAAACACAUGACACUGCUGGCUGAUUUGAAGACCAUGGUGGAGACCAAGAAGGUGACAAGUUCAGGUGUUUUGCUCCUGGAUCAUUAUACAGAGCGAAUACAGGUUCUUAAGAACAUGGUGCACUGUGCAGACCUGAGCAACCCAACCAAACCAUUACCGUUGUACAGACAGUGGACGGAGAGGAUCAUGGAGGAGUUCUUUCGACAGGGUGACAAAGAGCGAGAGAGGGGGAUGGAGAUCAGCGCCAUGUGUGACAAACACACCGCCUCUGUAGAGAAGAGCCAGGUUGGAUUCAUUGACUACAUCGUACACCCACUGUGGGAGACGUGGGCCGACCUGGUGCACCCGGACGCCCAGGAGCUGCUGGACACUUUAGAGGAGAACAGGGAGUGGUACCUGAACACCAUGCCCCAGUCUCCGUCACCUCCUCCGGACAGACACCUCCAACAGGACCGCUUUCAGUUUGAGCUCACGCUUGAGAACCUGGAGCACAACAAUCACAACCAUAUAUGCCUGAAGAGUGGGAGGAGCAGCAGGAGCAAUCAGAAAGCCAUCUGUGAUGACAGUUCGCACGGUGACCCGACAGAAACAAGCGAAGGGGAGCAGAACUACUCUGGAGCCGAGAAAGACGACAAGGAAAACCACAACAGUGAGCAGAACGGGGUUCAGGGAGAAAAGGAGCAUGAGGAUACUGAAGGGAAGGAAGGAGAGGCAGGAGAGGAGGAAGAGGUACAUAAAGAUGAGCAUGUGGGAGAAGAAAUUAACGGCGCACAAGAUGAGGAGACAAGAGAAGAGGAUGAAGAAGAAGACAAAAUGGAGGAGGAGGUAGAUAAGGAAAGGGAAGAGGAUGAGGUAGAAGGCGAGGAAGGAGCCCAACAAGAAGAGUUGGAUGGAGAGAGCAAAGGGGAGGAGUUGGAGACAGAGGAGAAUUUGGCUGAAAAACAGGAGGAUGUAGAAGAAGAGGGUGAAACAAAGGAGAAAGGUGAAGAAGAGGAGACAGAAAAAGAGGAUAAAGAUCAGGAGGUGGAGCAGGAGGACAACGAAGAGGAAGAAGCUUCCGAGGGAGUUCGGGAAGAUGAGGCAAAAGAAGAAGAGAGUUAGUUGACAAAUGAUCAGGGUCCAUGAGGGAACAAGAAAAGGAGGGAUAAAGAGGAGCCAGAGAGGCUCCAACAGGAAGCAGCGUGGCUGUAAAAGAUGGAAAAUGUCCUCCUUUCCAGAUAAUGUGCUCCGACCCACUUUAUCACGUGACGCUCUCAUCUGAAGGCCAGUUACUGCCCCUCUUCAGAUAUCUUCAAAAGCUCACAGAGUAACGUCUGAGACCAACAGAGCAGCGCUGGAUGGAGAAACUCUGCGGAGCUUUCUGGUUGUUGCAGUAAGCCGAUCAGCCGGUAGUGACAGAGACGAGAAUCUUCUCGACCGGGUGUCUGUGCAUCUAACACUGCCGUCAAACGGGGACAAAACAAUAAUAACAAUAAUAAUAACAAUAACAGCAGCUGGGGAGAUUGGUUUAAUCAACCUUUUGUAGCUUCUGGAAAUAAAAAAUGCAGAAAUGCUUAAAUGCAAAUAAGUGUGUGCCUGUUAUCCAGUUGUUAUAGACUGUCACCCAUCGUCUCUUGGUUACCGUCAACGUCUUAUUGAUGAUGAGAGAGAUAACACAGUGACCUGAAAGAGCAAAAUGAAUAAAUGCAGUCCAGAAGGUGAAGUCUGUCAUCUUGUAUGUGCUUCAGAAGGUUUAGGAAGGUGCUUCGGUCACCUCCUCACGCUGAGAGAAAACAAUGCUGGAUGUCUGACUCUGUGUCUAAAUUAUGCGUGGUCUGUUUUCUCCAAGUGGAAACGUAAAAGGCUGACAUGUUGUGUGUGUCUAUGUUGACUCGUGUGAAGAUUUAAAAAUUAAAAACAAAAAAAAGGACAAACAUCCAAUAAAAACACCAAAUGUUGAUGCCAUUGUGACAUUGUCACCUGAAAUGUGCCAAACUGUCCCACAACCACUGAGCAAUGUGGCCUCCAAACAGUGUGUGCAAGGGCGGGGGUGGGGCUCUCAUCACGAAGCAAUGAAACUGUGGGACCAGGGCCAGCAGGUGUGAUGGUCUUCCACAAAUAUGUCUUUUUUUUUUUGUAAAAAUUGUAUUUGGCACUUUAUCGAACACCCUUGUUGCAUAUAUGUACAUAGUAAACAUGUAUUUUAAUCUGCUGAUGUCAUAUAAUAAAGAUGAUCAACUCAUGGAGUCUAA